GCCGCGGUGCGCUGUGGGCCGGCGGCGGCUGAGGCGGAGCUGGGUCUGAAUGAAGGCGCCGCGGGCCAGGGGCCGCCGGCGCCGCUGAGCGCCCCGGGGCCGCGCCCGCCCCGCACCCCGCGCCCCCCCUCCCCCUCCCCCCCCACUCCCGCCGGCGGGCAGCGGCGGCGGCCGCCCGGGCCCCGCCAUGUCCUACAACAAGAUCCCGCCGCGCUGGCUCCACUGCCCCAGGAGGGGGCAGCCCGUGGCAGGGAAGUUUUUACCUUUGAAGACAAUGUUAGGACCAAGAUAUGAUGAACAGGUUGCUGAAGAAAAUCGUUUUCACCCGAGUAUGUUAUCCAACUACUUAAAGAGUCUGAAGGUUAAAAUGGGUUUGCUGGUAGACUUGACCAACACCACUAGAUUCUAUGACAGGAAUGAUAUAGAGAAAGAGGGGAUUAAAUAUAUAAAACUCCAGUGUAAAGGGCAUGGUGAGUGCCCUACACCUGAGAAUACAGAAACAUUUAUCCGUGUAUGUGAACACUUCAGUGAUAAGAACCCCUCAGAGCUUAUAGGUGUCCAUUGCACACAUGGUUUCAAUAGAACUGGAUUUCUGAUCUGUGCCUUUUUGGUCGAGAAGUUGGACUGGAGUAUUGAGGCUGCUGUGGCUACUUUUGCUCAGGCUAGACCACCAGGUAUUUAUAAAGGUGACUAUCUGAAGGAAUUAUUUCGUCGUUACGGAGAUGAAGAUGACGCACCGUCACCACCUGAGCUACCAGAAUGGUGCUUUGAUGAUGAUGAAGAGGAGGACGAUGAUAAUGGUAAAACAGGAGGCCAAGAAUCAGAACCUGGAUCAUCAAGCUCUUCCUUUGGCAAGAGAAGAAAAGAACGCCUAAAACUGGGUGCAAUUUUCUUGGAAGGAAUAACAGUUAAAUGUGUGACCCAGGUGACAACACAACCAAAGUUAGGAGGAAUACAGCAAAAAUGUCAGCAGUUCUGUGGAUGGGAAGGGUCUGGAUUCCCUGGAGCACAGCCUGUUUCCAUGGACAAGCAAAAUAUUAAAUUUUUGGAGCAGAAGCCAUACAAAGUUAGCUGGAAAGCAGACGGCACUCGGUACAUGAUGCUGAUUGAUGGCAAGAACGAAGUUUAUAUGAUUGAUAGAGAUAAUUCGAUUUUUCAUGUAUCUAAUCUGGAAUUUCCUUUUCGGAAAGAUCUUCGCACACAUCUAACAAACACUCUUCUGGAUGGGGAAAUGAUCAUCGACAAGGUUAAUGGACAAGUUGUCCCUCGAUACUUGAUAUAUGACAUUAUUAAGUUUAAUGGACAGCCUGUUGGAGACUGUGAUUUUAAUGUUCGACUUGCAUGUAUAGAGAAAGAGAUUAUAUAUCCACGACAUGAAAAGAUGAAAAAUGGUCUUAUCGACAAAACACAGGAACCAUUCAGUGUUCGAAACAAACCGUUUUUCGACAUCUACACUUCAAGAAAGCUCCUGGAAGGAAGCUUUGCCAGAGAAGUUAGCCAUGAAGUGGAUGGACUGAUAUUUCAGCCUACAGGAAAAUACAAGCCUGGUCGAUGUGAUGAUAUUUUGAAAUGGAAGCCACCCAGCCUGAACUCUGUUGAUUUUCGUCUAAAGAUAACAAGAAUUGGUGGAGAGGGGCUACUUACCCAGAAUGUUGGUCUUCUUUAUGUUGGAAACUUUGACAGACCUUUUGCACAAAUUAAGGUGACAAAAGAACUGAAACAGUACGACAAUAAAAUCAUAGAGUGCAAGUUUGAGAACAACAGCUGGGUCUUCAUGAGACAGAGAAUAGACAAAAGCUUUCCAAAUGCCUACAGCACUGCCAUGGCUGUAUGCAACAGCAUCCAGAAUCCAGUCACGAAGGAGAUGCUGUUUGAGUUCAUUGACAGAUGUACAGCGGCUUCUCAAGGACAGACGCGGAAACACCACCUCGAUCCUGACACUGAACUCAUGCCGCCUCCACCGCCCAAAAGGCCGCGUACCAUAACAUAAGGCCUUGGUCUCAGCGGAUAGCAUGUUUACAGUUCUGCAGAAGGUGAAACGCAAGUGUAAAGGCUGGAAAAAAAGAAAUCUGAAUUGCUGUAAAUACUUGGGAGUGGUUUUUUGAGUUUGUUUGGGUUUUGUGUUUUUUUUUUCAAAUUCCACGUACGAAUGGACAUUGUUUUGUAACUGAUAAAUUCCACCUUACCUUAUGGUAUUUGAAGAUGAAAUUUCCAAAGCUUAGACAAGAACAGUACCAUGAAGUCAAUGGAAGGCUGCCUUGUUUAUAUAUGGAUCUCUUUUCACCUUUAAUUUAUAAUGUCAGCAAUCUGGAACUGAGAAAGCAUUGGGAUGCUGUACUUUUUAGAGGCUGUGUUUAAAAAAAAAAAGCAGAAGUGUUUUUUUUUUAUUAUUGUUAUUCAACUGGUUGCAAUUUGUCACCCAUAGUAUAACUGAUCAUAGUUUCCCUACGUUUCUGAGACUUGUGUUCCACAGCAAACAGCAAUGUUGUUUGUGCUCUGUGUUGGUUAAAAUCUAAGCCGCCUUAGAUUUCACUAUUUUCAAAAUUAGCUGGGUUUUUGUUGUUGAAAUAUUAAAAAAGCAAAUCCUUCUUGUAAAUAGCAUCCCUUUGAAAGCAAACGUGCUGGGUGUUUGUUUUUUUUUCCCUGUUUGAACCUAACACACCAAAUGUAUAGUGGGCUGAUUUUAGCUUUGCCUUUUUAAGUUUAUCUGUAGGUAAGGAAUACACCAAAUCCUUAGUAUUAAGGUCUCUGUUAAGAGACUGUUUCUAGUACAGGGCUUAGUUCUCCACAGUGAUACCAUUGUAAAUAUUACUAAAAAGUACACAUCACUGUGAUAUACAAGAGUAAUAAGCAGCGCUAAUCAUGAUGUCUUAGAUCCAGGCACAAAAUGGCAAAAGAAAUGCCAGACAACUCCUGUGUAAAAGAGAAGGUAGUUUCAGUGGAAGAGAGCCACAUCAGACAGAAAGUGUCCCGAUUUAGGUAAUUGCAGGGCAAAACGAAGCCAUUUAGCGGGGUGGAUGAGUGUCCCAGGGAACAGAACGCUCAUUUUCAAGGGUGGGAUCAGCUGUCCUGUGGCACUGUGCUCAUCCUCUGGCUGACUUUCUUUCACACCAAAUGAAGAAGUGCAUGAAUACCCUGAUGGCUCUUGUUGCAGCGCACUGGCAGAUGUUCAUAGUAUUAGUUUUGAGAAGCUGCAUUCUGGUUGUCUAAGGGAGGAGUUGUUCUGAGCUGGGCUUAAUUGGAAACCAAAUGCAGAUUUUAAAGUUUACUGUACAUUUAUCAAGCAAAGAUCGAAUUGGCUCCUUCUAUAGUUUACUUAAUGUGUGAGUCAUCCUUUCAUUCAGCAAUCUGAUUAGUGAAGCUCAUUGAUUUGUUAUAACUAAAAUGCAUUUCUGUUUAAAUGAGUUUUAAUGUUUGUAAGCAAAAUUGACUCCUGCAUUAUUUUUUUCAAUAUGGAAGCUUUAGGACUAUGCUUUGUGGUGGCUUCUCUAGUUGUUUCAACCUGUUGUAUAAAAUGCACAUGCCAUCAUUUAGAUGGCGUUACUAGCAUCUCUUUCUGGGAUAUUCCAUAUGUGUUUUAGAGAACUGAAGGAGUUACAUAAGUCACUUUUUAUACUAUGGCAAAACUUGAGGGGAAAAAAAUGUGUUCAUCAAAGUUCUUUUUUUCAACUGUACAUAGUUUCUGCAUAUUAUCUAUAGAAAAGAUAUAAUAUCACCUAUGCAAGGUUGCAAAAUUAUCUCCUAAAAAAGAGCCUUAUGAAUUUGAUGUGAAAACCUAUGCAGCCUCUGUGCAUCUUGCAUUGAAACACGCAGUUAAUUAUUUCUUUGCUCAGUAUAAAUAAUUUCCCCCAGAUUAUACUUGUCAUUGAGAUUGUCAUAACAUACACUUUGUCAUUGAUCUCAUGGUUCUGUGGCAGUUGCAUUGUGUAUGAUGAUUACAGCCUUCUCCAUGAGGUUAGGACAUUUUAUUCUUGUGAGGAAGUGUCCAGGUUAUUUCCGUCUUUCUCCUUCCCCGCCCUUGCAUCUUGUAUUUCAACAAGACCUAGCUUCUGGUUUACCUUUUACUUCAGAGCUGCAGCACCGCAAGCUGUCUUCCAUGUGCAUUCCACCAAGUCCAUGAAUGUGUUGUGGCCCUUGUAUUUUGACAGUGUCUUUUUUUCUACUCUCAGCUUGAAAUGCAUAUUUUGAAAGAGUAAUGACUGAGAAGGUUUAGAGUUCCAUGUUCACAUUCGAUUGUCAAACUCUUCUUGCACUAUGGCUUGUAGCUUUUUAGAGAGGCCAAUUGCCUUUUACUUUCUGGAAAAGGAAGCUACUGGGGAAGGGUUGAAUGAAGAACCUGAUGAAAACAAAUGGAAUUUCGCUUGGACCAGAUGGGUUUAAUGCUGUGAGAAAUGCAAACCUCCUUUCUCUGCUACUAGAUUUUCAAGAGAUUGAAGCUAAGAAGCAGAGUCUGUGCCAGGAAAAUAAUGAUGAUAAAAAACCCUUAACUUGUCUAUUCUUUGGUGUACAGCAUGAAUUCAUCCACUGUUUUGUCAUUUGUUAAAUAUAUAAUUAAAAUCUAGUUUCAGUGGAGUUUCCAGAAAAUGUAAGUACAUUCCUCUACAAACUGUGUAUUAAGUAUUUUAAUAAAGUCAAUGGUUUAAAAUA